CGUUAUUUCCGGGUUUCGGUCGGAGAGUGGGUCGCUGCGCUGCCAUGGCGACGGUGCCUGAACCUGUUCGAGCUCGGUUUAUCAUAGUGGGGGGAGGGGUGGCGGGGGUCACCUGCACUGAACACCUUGCUGGCCAGUUUCCAGAAGAUGACAUCCUUCUAAUUACAGCGUCACCUCUAAUAAAGGCAGUGAUGAACUUCAAACAGGUUUCCAAGACAUUAGAAGAGUUUGAGGUUGAAGAAAAACCUUCUCAUAUACUGGAAGAGCACUAUCCCAAUGUUAAAGUGAUACAGUCUGCAGUUCGAAGACUUGAUGCAGCAAAUCAUAAACUGCACACAGAAGAAGACACUGAGUACAUUUAUGAGAAGCUCUGUAUAUGUGCUGGAGCAAGGCCGAAACUGAUAGUCCAGCACAAUCCAUUUGUAUUAGGAAUUCGGGAUACAGACAGUGCAAAGGAAUUUCAAAAUCGUUUGGCUAAAGCUAAAAGGAUUACUGUUAUAGGGAAUGGCGGUAUAGCACUUGAAUUGGUCUAUGAAGUUGAAGGAUGUGAAGUGAUUUGGGCAAUAAAAGAUAAAGCUAUUGGAAAUACUUUCUUUGAUGCAGGAGCAGCUGAAUUUUUGAUUCCCCAGCUUAAAGCCGAUAAGCCCGAGGCUCUUCUCCCUUGUAAAAGGACAAAAUACACAACAGAAGGUUUGGACCAGGAAAGAAAAGCUCUUUCUGAAGAUGGAGCACAUGGUAGUGCAUUGGGACCAGACUGGCAUGAGGGCAUGAAGUUGAAAGGCACAAAACCGAUUUCCCACAGAAUCCAUGUUGAAUACCAAUGUGAGGUUGAUAAGAUUUACCUGCAAGAUGAGUUUACAGCAUCACAGAAAACAUCAUUGGCAUUCCCUGAAAAUGGAUCAGAAGAAAGAAAAAGAAAAACAGAUGAUGAAUCUUGGCCUGUUUAUGUACAGUUGACAAAUGGGAAGAUUUAUGGUUCUGAUUUAAUUGUGAGUGCAACUGGAGUAAUACCAAAUGUUGAACCAUUCAUCUCAGACAAUCCUUUUGCUGUGGCAGAAGAUGGGGGUCUGAAAGUAAAUGAGCUGAUGAAUACCUCAAUCCCAGAUAUCUUUGCUGCAGGCGAUGUCUGUACUGUAUCUUGGGUGCCUCGUCCACUUUGGCAACAGAUGCGACUGUGGACCCAGGCUAGACAGAUGGGAUAUUAUGCAGCAAAGUGUAUUGCAGCGGAAAUGUCAGGGGAACCGAUCGAAUUGGAUUUCUGCUUUGAAUCAUUUGCCCACGUCACCAAAUUCUUCAAUUAUAAGGUGGUAUUGCUCGGGAAAUACAAUGGUCAGGGUCUGGGGCCUGAUCAUGAGCUGUUGCUGCGUUGCACCAGUGGCCAGGAGUAUGUGAAAACAGUGAUGCACAAUGGAAGGAUGAAGGGAGCUGUGCUUAUCGGUGAAACUGACUUAGAAGAGACCUUUGAAAACCUCAUUUUAAAUCAGAUGGAUCUUACUGCAUAUGGAGAGGAUUUACUCAACCCAAAUAUUGACAUUGAAGAUUAUUUUGAUUGAGAGGAGCAAACCUGUAACACGUCAUUUGCAUUUUAAUAUGCAGGUUCUACAAUUCUGCCUUGAUGGACAAAAGUAAAGUACUCAAUGGUUAUUCGAGAUCCCAUGGGCUUAAUGGAUGAGAUGCAGGAGAUUCCCGAACUGUCCUAGCUUAUCUUCCUCCCUAAACCAGAAUCAACAACCAGAUUAGAUGGUUGGAGCAAAUGACUGCAGAUGUUGGAAUUACAGCAGAUCAGGCAGCAUCCAUGGAGAGACAGUGAUUAGAGUCUAGAUGAGCCAUGAUUUCCAGCAUUUUGUGUUUUCAGAUUAGAUGGCUGUUUGGGGAGGAUGAUGUGUAUAAAUUGGCUGUCAUGUUUGUUUACAUAAAGAAGCAGCAAUACUUUAAAGUCAUUCAUUGACUCAAGCAUUUUUAGAUAUCUUGAGGAUUUGCAGAAUGCAUUUUCUAUCCUAAGAGUAACAAAUGCAUUAAGUUGAAUUUAUAUAGAAUUGUCUAAAAUUAUUUCAAUCUUUUUCUGGCUUCUCCAAACAAAUUGAGUUCUUGUAGCAAAAGGAAGUGCUCUGAAAUAUGUUUAGUGUUUGAUUGAGAAUGGCCUCAUAAGAAUAAUUACAUUGUAAAGGCAACAACUUGUAACUAUUUUUAACAGCAUCAUGACUGCAGUAGCAAUUUGUAUGAUGUAUUUAAUAUAGUAAAAUAUCCAAGGCACUU